AUGGCCGUUCUCCAGUGUGCGUUCUCAUGUGAAUAUCAAGGUAAGGUUUCCGUGAAAAAGCUGAAGGGCAUUGGCUACAUUGAAAAGGACGAUCUUGGAUUGUAUCUUCAUCAAAAGAAGAGAAAAAAGUUGAACACAAACAUAAAUAGAACACGAAACGACAAUUUUCUUUCGAGUCUGAGUUACCAAGACUAA